AUGGCCGACCUCUUCCGCGGCGCGAUCAUCCGCGACUGCCUCGUCAAGUGCGUCGUCGACGGAAAGACGCUGAAGGUUCUCCUCAACCCUCUCGGGUGGGCGCCGAAACCCUCGGGGGGCUGGCUCGCGCGCCCCACGAGCGCGACCGCGCCCCUCCGCGGCCCGUCCGAAGAGGACUGGGAAGAAGUCACCGUCCGCCUGAUGUGCGUGGACACCGAGGAGAGCAGCAUCCCGCGCGGCACGUCCAGGCACUACAAGCCCAUCACCUACGGCGGCCGCGAAGCCGACGCGUGGCUGAAAGAACACCUCGGCGUGAAACACGACGGCCGACCGCGACCCUCCGCGCCCAUCUCGUGCGACAUCGAGUUCGACACCACGGAGCCGACAAUCAUCGGCUGCCGCAGACACAACGAGGAGAAUUACGGCAGGAUGCUCGCGUACGUGCACGUGGGCGGACGCCCCGUGGGAGAGAACCUGUCCCUCGCCGUCGUCCGCGCCGGGAGAUCGCCGUACUUCACCAAGUACGGCCGCUCCCGGCUGUACCACGCGGAGUUUCUUCAGGCGGAGCAAAACGCCAUGUCCGAUGAGACCGGGCUGUGGGGGAUCAUGAACGCCGUCGGCGAGAGGUCCGUCCCCGUGAGCGACUACGUGCGGAACUACACGCAGCUGCUGCCGUGGUGGAGCACGCGCGAGGGGAUCGUCGAGGAUUUCAGGCGGUGGCAACGCGAGGGCGUGGCGAGGCACGUCCUCGUCCCGCGCGUGCACCACGAGCAGCUCGUCAAGGCCGCGGUGGACGGGGAGACGAUCACCGUGCUCGUGGACUUGCAGCCCAAGGACGCGUUCCUGAUGCUCGGCGUGAUGCGGAACGUGGAGUACGCGGACGAACAGAACCGCCCGAGGACGGGCACGGUGAUCCACGCCGGGCCGAAGGCCUUCCCGUUCAACCUGUGGCUCGAUCACGCGUUCUCGGAGGAAUCGGAGAAGAUCAAAGCGCUGAUCGAGCGACGAUACUCCAGAGGCGGUCGAAACUACGCGUACGUCACCGGGAAGGCGUUCAUGUACCGCAAGAAGCAGAUCCCGCAGAUCCUCGUGACGCGCGUCUCGCAGUUCUCGGACGCGCCGGUGAAGGACGCCGCGGCGUUGCACCACGCGGGGGAGAAGUACCACAUCGCCGCCGCGUCGAUGCCGCUGGAGAAGCACGGGCCGGGGGUCGCGGCGGCGGCCGUCGGCGGCGCGGCGUGA